AGAACCCGCCAUUGUAAAGGGGGAGACGAUUGAAUACUCAAUAGAAGAAUAUUAUCGAGUGAUUAUAUCUUCCUGAUUCAUAUCUCGUUCUUGGUCCGCCAUCUGAUCGGGUUAAUCCCAUCAUUGGUGCUUCCAUUGAGAGUUACUGUGAGAUAAGGCUGUGAGAUUAUGGCCGGACGAAGGACAAGACGUAACACUGCUGCUUCCGCCCAGUCGACAGUAAGGAGUGACAACCCUGAGCAGGGUAUGAUCGUUCCUGUCAAUGGGUUGGAAACAACAUUGAAUAAUGUGGCUAACAUGAUGGCCAACAUUAUGGAACGAUUGGAUAAGGCUCUUCCAGGUCCAUCCGGUAUCCGGGACAUCCCUGCCGGGCAACCCCGUCAGGGAUUCAAAAUGCCGUUCGUUAAGCGUUAUGAUGGGGAGUCAGACCCGCAGGAACACAUAAACAGCUAUGUCCAGGUGAUGAUUGCCGUAGACGCCAGUGACGCACUCAUGUGCCGGUGCUUCUUGCAGACAGUUGAUAGCAAGGUCGCGGAUUGGGUCAACCAUAUUCCUGCCGGGUUGAUCCGGACAUGGGAUGAAUUGGGACUACGGUUCCUAGAGCAUUUUGCCGGGAACUGCCGUCCCAAGAAGCAUUUCACUCACUUAGCUUCAGUACGUCAGAAGCAUGGAGAAUCCUUGAAGAAUUUCCUUAUCCGAUGGAGGAAAGAGUCCAGGGAGGUUGAAGGAACCGACGAUAAAUCCAGGUUGUCUAUGUUCACAGCGGCAUUACAGGAUGGACUCCUUCACACCGAUCUUACUACUCAUCCCCCGGAUACCUUCGAAGAAGCAAUGGUCCGGGCGGGGAGGUAUGUGACCCUGGAAGAAAGAAAGGAGGAAAAGAAAGAGAAGACUCCCAAAGAAGAAGAGAAGACCGGAAAUAAGAAGCCGUUUAAAAAUAAGAAGCAGGGUUUCCCGGAUGGCCCAAGGGGCACAAGUCCUGGGACCUCGGAGAAGCACAAAUCUGCCAAUCCAGUCUUCACAUUACCAGUGGCUGAGGUCAUGGCCCACGUUGCACAGCAGGGACUCAUGACUUAUCCAACCUAUUCUCAAAAGGUCUGUAAUGUGGAGGAUACUGGAAAGUGGUGUGCUUACCAUCGCAAGAAUGAUCACAAUACGGAAGAUUGCUAUACCCUGAAGAAUGAGAUGGCAAGGCUAAUCCGUCGGGGUCAUCUGAAGAAGUUCGUGCAAGAUGGAGAUGCGGGAAAUCCCGGGAAUGCUCCGAAUGGAAAGCGCAGAGAUAAAGAAGUGGCCCAGGCUCAGACCCGGGAGAAACGCCACAUUGGGCUUGAAGAUGAAGAGGAGGAUUCGGAACCUGCACCGCAUCGCCAGAAGAGACACCACGGGUGUAACUUCAUCAUUGGAGAGAAUACUGGCGGAGACUCAGCCGCAAGCCAGAAGAAGUGGGCAAACGCGGCGAUGGUCAACAAGGUGCUGGUCCCAGAAGGUAAGAAGCUGAAAACUGAGUCAAUUGUAUUUUCUAAUGCUGAUCUUCCGGAGACAGGGGUCCCCCGUAAGGAUGCCCUAGUGAUUACUAUUGAUAUAAUGGACUUACUGAUCCACAAAACCCUUGUGGAUAUGGGAAGCUCCGUUAAUAUCAUGUAUAUGGAUACGUACAAGGCUCUUGGUUUGAUAAGGGAUGAAUUGUCACCCAUCAAAACUCCACUAACCGGGUUCACUAGUGACUCUAUUGAACCAGAGGGGGUGAUAACCCUCCCGGUUGAGAUAGGGGAUACUAAGGCUACCCGGAAGUUGGACAUGGAGUUUGUUGUGGUGGGGAUAAUCUCCAGCACAAACAUCAUCCUCGGCAGACCCGGGUUGGAAGAUUUGGAGUGUGUCAUCUCACCUCGUCACCUAUGCAUAGAAUUCCCGACCCCCCACGGAGUUGGAAUUGCCAAGGGAUCUCAGAGAGUGUCCCGGGCAUGGUAUUUGAAGGCAACUAAACAGCCAGUCAAGUACGAUACCCAAGUGGGAGAGGUGACUGCGCAGCUCCUGAGGGCUGAGAAAAAACGUCCUAGAGUAGAAGUUGCUGGCGACAUUGAAGAAGUGGAACUGGAGCCAGGCAUGCCGGGAAGGUUGGUUAGGAUUGGAAAGGGGCUGGGGGCUGAACUCAGAUCACGAGUGAUUUCAGUCCUUAGAAGGUUCAGGAGGGUCUUUGCAUGGAGUCCAGCUGAUAUGCCAGGGCUGGAUCACAAGAUUGUAGUUCAUCGCCUAAAUGUCCUGCGGGAUGCUAAACUAGUGAAGCAGAAACGGAGGCAUUUGUUGCAGGAAAGAAGAGAUUUCGUGAAAAAGGAGGUAGCGGCCCUGCAGAGCAUUGGGCAUAUCCGGGAGGUGCAGUACCCGAAUUGCCCGGCGGCAUAUGCUCAGAUGACCAAGUGGGCAGUCUUCAUCAGUCAGUAUAACGUGGAGUUCAAGCCGCGCCCAUCGAUCAAGGGGCAGACACUCGCCGACUUUCAAGUUGAGUGCACUGCCAGGGAGAUGACAAGAGCCAAAAUUCAAACCUGGGUGGAAAAUGACUGGUGGGUAAUGAGCAUCGAUGGAUCUUCUAGAGCUCGAUCUUGCGGAGCAGGUAUCGUCUUGACCACUCCAGAAAAUUUCCGGAUUUAUUACGCUAUCAGAUUUCAAUUCCGCGUAUCCAACAAUGAAGCUGAGUAUGAGGCCCUGAUCAACGGAUUGAAGAUUCUCAAUAAGUUGGGGGUAGCCAGGGUUCAGGUUUACAGCAACUCCCGAUUGGUGGUGGGACAAAUCACUGGGGAGUUUGAAGCAAAGGAAGAAAGGAUGAAAAGGUAUCGAGACUUGUCCUUAGAAAUGUUGGGGAAGUUUGAGUUUGAGCUUGAACACAUACCCCGGGCCCAGAACGCGGAAGCUGGUGUUAUAUCCAAGCUCAGCGCAGAGUCACCAGAAUACAUAAGCAAAUUAGCAAACGUCGAGGAGCUGGCAACCCCGAGUCUUAACAGAAAUGAGGUGAUCUGGGUAUCAGCUGAUCCCCCGGAAUGGCUGGACAGGUUGGCCAAAUACAUUGAGGACGGUGAAGCCCCGGAGGAUCCCAGGAAGCACGUCUGUUGCGAAUGAGGGCACCUACCUACAAGGUGCAGGA